UGUGUCCUGCCACUCUAUUUCAGAUGGUAGCUUCACCCUCUCAGUGACAGUGAGACUGUGUACCUUGUUUUUGGCCUCUUCGUUUUUCCGGAGUUUCACGCAUACAUUACUCUCAUUGGAUAUAUUCUUCCACUCCAUCGAGGAACCAUCACAAGGUCCACAGUGUCACUGUUUCCAUUUUUUGCUCCACUUUGUGUCCUCCCUCACAUCACACCUGGCUGAGAUCUCCCAGCCCGACCUCGUCCCGACCAUGGCGCUCUCCUCACGCUUAAAACUCUGGGAACAGAAGAUCAAGGAGGAGAAGAAGUCUCCCAUCACUGCCGCACAGCCUCCUCCUCCUCCUCCUCCUCUUCUCUCCGCCGUCCCGGGAGGAUUCCUCAAACAGCUGGUGAGAGAGACCGAGAAAGAGACACGCCACAAAGAGCCAGAGCUCAAAGAGGAGAAGACGCCCAGGAAACUCAGUGACAACCUGGUCCAGAACUUCUUACUUCCCGACCAAACUCCACCGAUACUGGAAGCGGAGAUGGCACUACGAGCGGAGCAGCUGGUGAACGGGGAACGCGGCCGCCACACUGCGCUGACAGAGAAGAAAACAUCCUCUCCCAGAAGGAUCAUGUCACCCGACCCAAAAAAUCACAAAACUGGCUCAGAGUCCAGCACUCCAGAGGUCAGCUGGCAGGCGCAGAUGCCCAGUCCCAAGACAGAUACAGCCAAAUCUCCAGCACCACCAAUGGAAAAAGAAGUGAAGAAAGAAGAAGUAAAGGUACAACAGGAAGUUAAACCCCUGAAACAGGAAGUGAAAGAGCCGAGGCAAGAGCCUGAGGGUCAGAUGACUGUAACCCCCAUAAGAGAAGAGCACAAGGUGCCAGUGAGGGAUGUGUGGUAUGAAGCUGGCAAGGUGUGGUACGCACACAAAGACGGUUAUACACUCGCCACUCAGCUGAAGCCGGACGAAGGCACACCAGAGCUCCCUGACGGCAGGGUGAGGGUUCGACUGGACUCUGAUGGAUCCGUCCAUGAUGUAUCCCAGUAUGAGAUUGAAAAGCUGAACCCACCUGAGCUGGACCUGUGUGAGGACUUGAGCGACCUCGUGAGCGUGAACGAGUCAAGCAUCCUUCACACUUUGACCAGCCGAGCUAAAGGACAUCUACCCUUGACCCACGCGGGGCCCAAUCUACUGGCUCUGUGGCCUCCACUGUCCCAGCCAGGCAAGGGGCUUCGGAGCAGACGCUGGGAGUCCUGGGAGGCUCCUGGCCCACUGCAGGCUCUGGUGAGGAGGGUGUAUGUGUCAAUGGUGGGUCAGCGGAAGGACCAGACGCUGGUGGCUUUGGGACGCAGUGGCACAGGGAAGACCACUUCCUGUCAGUCAUUUUCCCAGGAGCUGCUCAAACAAGCGGGAACAGCAGGAGGAAGCCUUACCUUAGAGCGGCUCCAGGCAGUGUUUACAGUGCUGCGCUCGUUUGGGUGUGUGAGCUCGUCUCACAGCGAGGCCUCGAGUCGAUUCGCUAUGGUGCUCUCACUGGACUUCAACCACGCCGGACUCGCUGCUGCUGCACAUCUGCAGACCAUGCUGCUGGAGAAAUGGAGGGUGUGUCAGAGGCCGGAGGGAGAGAGUAACUUCCUGGUGUUCUCCCAGAUGCUCGCAGGCCUCAGCACAGACAUGAGGACUGAACUGCAGCUGCACCAGUUAAAGGAACACAACUCAUUUGGAAUUGCAUGCCCAACCAAGGUGGAUGAAAAGCAGAGAGCUUCAGUGGGUUUUGGGAAGCUACUGGCCGCCAUGAAUACUUUAGGAUUCUCAGCGGAUGAGCAGAAGGCCAUUUGGCAUGUUUUGGCAGGAAUAUACCAUCUCGGCGUCGCAGGAACAUGCAAGGUGGGCCGUAAGCAGUUUAUGAGUUUUGACAGCGCGCAGACGGCCAGUGCCAUCCUGGGUUGUGAGGGAGAGGAACUCCACACUGCCGUCUUCAAACACCACCUGAGGCAGUUACUGCAGAGAGCCACCGGAGGCGUCAGAGAGCGACGCGCCGCAGAGGAACCAGAGGACGGUCCAAAACUGAGUGCUGCUCAGUGUGUGGAAGGAAUGGCGGCUGGUCUCUAUGAGGAACUCUUCACCACUAUUGUGUCUCUCAUCAACAGAGCGCUGCACUCUCAGCAGCUGACGCUGGCCUCUGUGAUUGUGGUGGACACACCGGGCCUGAGGAACCCCAGACACAGCAGGGAUGGCCGAGCCGCCGGCUUCUCUGAGCUCUGUCACAACUACUUACAGGAGAGACUGCUGGAGCAUUACUUCAACCACACAUUCACAGACACGCUGGAGAGAUACACACGGGAGGGAGUACCUGCAGAUUUCAGAGCCCCUGAGGCGAGCCCGUCAGAGGUGGUGUGUGCUGUUGACCAGCCUGGACUGCAGGUUCGAGGACCAGAAGGUGACUCUCGAGGUCUCCUGUGGGUUCUGGAUGAAGAGAUGGUCACUCCCGGUUCCACCGAGAGCACAGUUCUGGAAAGAGUGUGUCAGUACUUCAGCGGCACAGUGCGCCAGUGCGAGCAGCCUCUGCAGUGUGAGAUCGCUCACCUGAUGGGUUCAGAUCCAGUCCGCUAUGAUCUCUCAGGCUGGUUCGGUCAGGUCCAGAACAACCUGUCUGUCCUAAACGCCAGUUCCCUGCUGCAGAGCUCCUCAAUUGGAGCGGUGAAGGCACUGUUCAGUCCGCGGGCGUCCAUGCCUCCUCUGUGCCGGGGUUUGGGCGGUGUGGAGGGCGGCUCUCAGCGCUCACUGGAGAGGUGCGGCACGUUGCGGAAGACUCUGAGCGGCGGGAUGGCGGCCCUCAGGAGACAUUCCCAGUGCAUCGCCGUCAAACUGCAGGCGGAUGCUCUGCUGAAUCUGAUUCGGCGAGCGCAGCCUGUCUUCCUGCAGUGUUUGAGUGCUAAGACAGAUGGCUGUGGCUUUGAUGUCCCAGCACUGCGUGUACAGCUGCACUCCACACACCUGCUGCCGGCACUGCAGCUGUACCGAACAGGCUACCCUGAGCACAUGUCCCUGGGUGAUUUCCGCUGUCGUUUUCAGGCCCUCUCUGCUCCCAUAAUGAAACGAUAUGGUUCUGUCUUCAUUACCCCUGACGAGAGGAAGGCUGUGGAGGAAUUAUUGAUUGAUCUGGAUGUGUUUAUGAAGCGUGAUGUCCUGAGGUCUUUAGAUCAGCAGAGAGAUCAGUUGUUGAGCGACUGGCUGGUGCAGCUUCAAGCAUCCUGUCUGGGUCAUAUGGGUCGCCAGAAAUACCGCCGCAUGAAGGUUCAGCAGAUGGCAGUGAGCUGUAUUCAGAGAAAUGUGCGAGUCCUCACUGCAGUGGCCCACUGGAGCUGGUGGAAGCUGCUGUGCAGAGUGCGCCCCCUGCUGGACGUCAACAUGGAUGACCAGCGGCUCAGAUCCAAAGAGGAUGAGAUCACUGCUCUGAGGAGACGUUUGGAAAAGUCAGAGAAAGAACGAAAUGAGCUGCGUCAGACUGCAGACAACCUGGAGACCAAGAGUCGUGUGGACCAGAGUAAAGUGACUUUGGAGGCCCUCGAGAGGCAGUUAGAGGAAGAAAAACAGAAAGUCAAGAAUAAAGAAGCUCUCAGCGGAGUGGCGACAGAAAGUGAGCUGCAGCUGCAGCUGGAAUGCGCGCAGACGGAGGUGGAGUUCCUGCGCAGGCGUCUGCGGCAGACAGAGGAAAGACUUGAGAGUGAGAAAGAGGCCCGUCAGCUGCUGGAUACUAAGGACGCGCGCGUGCUGACUGACAGCCUGCAGGGCCGCACUCAUGAGCUGGAGAGGAAACAGAGGAGGUUUGACAGUGAACUGACCCAGGCACUUGAGCAGGCUGAUCAUGAGAGGGAGCAGAAGGAGAGAUCCAUCCAGGAGAAUACCACCCUCGGCGCCGAGAUAUUCACCCUUCACAAGACGCUCAAGGUAAGGGCCGAGGUCAAAGGUCAAGUGUCCACCAUCUGCGAUCGUGCCAGUGAACUCCGGGUGUCCUCUGUCGGUAAACUGAACGAGUCCCCAGAGAUCCCAAAUAUGCAGAGGAGAAAAAUGACUGUGCAGCUCCGUCAGCUGGAGAUGCAACUGGAACAGGAAUAUGAGGAAAAACAGAUGGUGGUUCAUGAGAAGCAUGACUUAGAGGGGCUGAUUGCCACACUGUGUGAACAGGUGGGCCACAGAGACUUUGACGUGGAGAAGAGGCUGAAGCGGGACCUGAAGCGCACACAUGCCCUGCUCAGUGAUGCCCAGCUGCUGCUGUCCACCGUUGAACAGCCUGGGCAGGGUCAUGACCCCGGUGCCAAGAAGCAGCUGGAGAGACUGUGCUGCCAGCUGGAGGACAGUGAAGCCAGACGGCUGGAGGCUGAAAGCGCACAGAAGACUCUGGCUGCAGAGCUGGAAAACGCUCAGAUCGAACUGGAGAGCAUCUGCAAGCAGAAGAGCCUGGUGGAUGAGCAGCUGUCUCAGCUCCGCUACGAGAGGACGGACCUGAUGAAGAGGCUGGAGGAAGACCAGGAGGAUCUCAACGAGCUCAUGAAGAAGCACAAAGCCCUCAUCGCUCAGUCUUCCAGUGAUAUCUCUCAGAUCCGAGAGCUUCAGGCUGAAAUGGAGGAACUGAAGAAACAGAGACAGACCCUACAGGAGGAGCUGCAGACCAGCGUAGCACGUGUGCAGUUUCUAGAGUCGUCCACGGUGGCCCGCAGCAUCGUAAGCAAGCAAGAAGCUCGUAUCUGUGAUCUAGAAAACAAAUUGGAGUUCCAGAGAGGACAGGUCAAGAGAUUUGAGGUGCUGGUUCUGCGUCUGCGGGACAGUGUGGUGCGGCUGGGUGAGGAGCUGGAGCAGGCGGCCCAGGCUGAGGCCAGGGAGAGGGAGAAAUCCCGAUACUAUCAGCUGAGACUGGCGGAUAUGAAACUGGAAAUGGAUGACCUGAGCGUCAGAGAACAGGAGAGCAGCCGUCGACGCAUGGAGCUGGAAAUGCAAGUGGAAGAGCUUAGCGCAGUAAGACAGACCCUGCAAGCUGAUCUAGAGACAUCAAUCCGGCGUAUCGUUGAUCUACAAGCCGCGCUGGAGGAGGUGGAGUCCAGCGAUGAAAGUGAUACAGAAAGCGACACCAUGUCCAGCGUCGGAUCCAGUGUGGGCACUGAAGACGUCGGCGAAGGGAUCCGUCAAUGGGCAGGUGUACCGCGGGGAGGCCGAGGAGGAAGAACUUCUCCUUACGCAGGAAGCAGCUCCGGCCGCCAGUCUGUUACCGACAGCAUGAGCACCUACAGUUUCAGAUCUUGCACACAGGACCUGGACGAAGACGUCAAAGAAAGUUCCGGUGGUCUUGGCAGAGCGUCAUCAUCCACGGCCCUAUCUGAGCUCCUGGAGGGUCUGAGGAAGAAGCGCGCUGGGUGGGAAAGAGGCUCAGAGGUAGGCGAGGGGAGCGCAGUGUCCCUUCCCAUCUAUCAGACGACAGGGGCCUCCACGCUACGCCGCAGGUCUUCAGCGCUGUCUCUAGAAGCAGAGGAGGGUCUGGAGGACCUGCCUCGGCCCAGCAUAUUGAAACCUCCCAGUCCCCACCUGCCCCGUGCCUCCAGCCUCCGCUCCCUAUCCGAGGCAGGCCCAACGUCCUCCACCACCACAACCACCACAGGAAAGAUGAACCGUUUCAGCUCCUGCGACUCCCUCGCAUCCGUGACCUCCACCGCAAGUUCCCGCCGCCACUUGUCCAACCUGUCCAUCCCUGAGGAAGGAGAGGAGGAGCCCAGGUCGAAAGCCAUGCCUCCUCUUGGGCCCUAUCAACCAAUCCGACGUCGAUUACUCGGCGGCCUGGUGGCGGAAACCGGAGAGUCGCAAUUGGGAUCGGAACCGCUUGUGUUCCAGAAUCGCAGACUCCUUGGGAAUCAAGACAAGGAGAGGGCUGGAGUCGAUGCAGGGGACACCAGCUCAGACAUUCUCCCAGCAAUCCGACGAGCACGGUCCACUAGCAGUCUGGCAUCAAGCGGUUCCCGAACGGGCCAGAGACGAGCCCUCAGCGUGCACUUUGGGGAGUUGCCGCCGUCCAGAGCGUCGCGUAGGGAGUCCGACUCAGACUCUUCAAGUUCUGGAGGAUCUCAGAAGCACCGUGGGCCUCAAGAAGAGAGGCUGGAAGCCGAGGGCAGCGAGGACGUCAAUUCUGUGAUGAAGAAGUACCUCAAAAAAGCAGAAGUGGACUAGAAGACUCAACGAGGAUGGAUGAAGACGUGGAGAAUCAUCCUUGUCCAGAAUGCAUUGAGGCACAUUUAAAGCACAAAUACACUGAGGAUUUAUUUUGAGCACCGUUUGUACACAAAUAGAAAUGUUAAAGGUGAACACAUCAAAUUCCUAAAAUUUUCAGUGUAAACAUGCCCUUUAUUUGAGCCGUGUGGAUACCCUCGGGUGCUUCAGGUCGGGGAAAUUAAUCUUGACCAGUGAGCACUUGCUUCCCCUCUCAGCAGUCAGUGCAAAUUUGUUGAACUCCAACAGAUGUAAAUAAAAAUGUCAAGCAGAAUCAUUGGUAUUUGCUUCAACCUUUCAAAGGAGAGGAGCAGCAUCACAGUCACAGAGGAAAACAACUGAAAUCAAGCCUUUUUACAGAGCAGAGAUUGUGCUUACAAUGCAGAGGCUCUCCAUAAUAAUGGAGCCUGACCUUGUUUCUGCAAUUGAAUCAUUAUCUUAGACUUAUUUGCCUAGGAACGGAGUAAAGAAAAUAGUUUGUACUUAAUUGCCAGAACAGAAUUUGAAGCUACUACACACAGUGACGACAUGCUCUAUAUAAAUGCACUUGGUAAGCAUAAACAGGCUAAAGGAAUAUUCCAGGUUGAGUUAUGCUAAAUUGUAGCAUUUGUGGCAUAAUGUUGGUUAAUCACAAAGAAUAAUUUUCCUUGAGGUUACAGUGAGGCACUAAAAAUGGAAGUAAAGAGGCUUAUUUUGUAGGUUUUAAAAGCAGAAGUGUAACUUUUUAUACAAGCUCUUUUAACUAAUAAUCAUUCAGUGUGGUUAUUACCAUUAUGCCACAAAUGCCAUAAAUUGAGCUUAACUUGUACUGAGCCUGGAAUACUCCAACUACAUUUUAGAUCCAUUUACUGAAAGCAGCACAUUACAGUGACUUUACCACAGUAAGCGUUUUCUUAACCCUUACCUGUGGUAAAUCACUAUAAUGCAGUGCCUCGGAUUUAAAUUGGUGCUUCCGCUACAUUUAGAUGACAGCUGAGACAGGUGUACGCAACCCAGUCAUACUUUCUUUCACAGAUAAAAUGUUUUUCCAGAGACA